CAAAAGCAUAAUGCUUUUUGUGCCCGGCGAUGAUAAAGCGAUUUGCACACGCACUGAUAACAGGAAUCGAUUUUCUUGUUGCGCAAAGCAGUAGAAGCACUAUAAGAAUGCUGGACCGCCGGUCGACAAUCAUCAAACAGUGCUAGCUAACGGCUAAGUGAAUCAAGUUUAUUUUAAUAAAUUCAACAGCAAAAUAUAUAAACACACAAUGGGUUGCAAGGCUUGUGGAACAAACUGCCAGUGCUCCGCCACCAAGUGCGGCGACAACUGCGCCUGCAGCCAGCAGUGCCAGUGCUCCUGCAAGAACGGACCCAAGGACAAGUGCUGCUCCACCAAAAACUAGAUACAGGACCCUUCUCGAGCUCAUCUGUGUGAUGAAAGACCCUUUGGCAUGACAACGAAAUAAAUAAACAAUCAAUUGAAACUAA